UAUUAGUGCAGAACACUGUACCUUUAAUUUAAAUGCCCUUGGAGUCUGCUGGGAAAAGAGAAAUAAUACUGUCUUCAGUAGUGUGUGACAUGGCAGAUAGUGCCGUCGAUCUUAGAAUCACCGCACACUUCACUCAUUUGGGCAGUCACGGGGGCCAAAACCAGAGUGUGGAGCCACAGUUGUGGCGGUGGAGGCAGCAGCAAUGGGAGGCGCAUAACAGCACCCUAUGACAAAAAUGGAAACCACCAGCAGUGUGAGGAGACCUGAAAGUGGCACAUGGCAGAGUGUGGCGUAUGGAGACAGCAGCAAUGGGAGGCCGUACAGGGACCCAU